AAUUAUUGUACACAUCACACAUGUGCACCGCGCGUAGACGUCGUGUGUAUUUAAUAAAUAAUAAUAUUAUCUCGAUUAUAUUAUUAUAUUAAAUACUCAUCGUAUAUUAUAGCUACACCACUCGACUACGAGAGUUCCGUCGUAGGUACGAGUUUUGAAUAUUAUAUAUAGUGCAGUUACCCACAUCGUGAGCAACAGGUCGCGCUCUGGCCGCCCGACGUAAACGCGCACGCAUGUCCGAGUGUUGGGCCAUCCGACGGUGUAAUGUGAUUUAUUUAUUUUUCGACACGCGCCGUUAUUAUAUUAUUAUUUAGCUUUUUUUUACUAUCAUGCCGACGACACCGCUGAUGAUUAUGAUCUUUGCGAUGGUCCUGACGUUUGCUAUGUUCGCCACAUCGGAGCAGCAGUCGAAAUCGCCCGACGACGACGAAAUCGCGGUGGCAGACGAAUCACGCGAACCGUCAAAUUUAUUUCGUUUGGUGUUAACGGAAUUACCACUCGUAUACCACUGCAACGACAGCUUGCAAUGCCCGGCCGCAUUCGGUUUCACCAGGUGUGAGAAUCACAUGUGUAAGUGCGACGAGAGUUUCUAUCAAGUGUUCAACAAGACUUCCGAGACGGCCUACUGUCGCCUAUGUUCGCAGUUCCAAGAAAGCUGCGCCGUGACACAAUGUUGUGAAAAUCCGGAUGCCAUGUUUUGCUUCAACGGAUUGUGCGUGUGCAGACCUGGAAUGGACGAAGAAUGUCUUUCGGGGGUUUACAGAGGCAGAUACACGCCGACGCUGGGCAUUCAGCUGGCCAACACUCUUUCGGUGUCGUUCGCAUUCGUCUUCCUCGCCAUCACAUUCAUCGCGGUCAUCAAGAAAACGUUGUUCAGGUGCAGUUUUUGCAGGUGCGAUUCGAUGAGCAGAGUGGCCAGUGACAGUUCGCUGAACGAGUUCGUCAAGCAGAAAAUGCAAAACAGGCCGCCGUGUUACGACGACAUAGAAAAAGACCGUAAAGUUCCUAUUUUUGACUGCACUAAUCAGCCACCGCCCGAGUACGGCGCUACUCAUUACAGCCGGCCCGGCGCGUUCCUUCAGGGCACCCUGAACCCGUCUCUGUCGAUCAGCAACGAAGUGGAAAUGAAUAUGGCCCCGCCAAACUAUUCGACGUUCACGUCUGUCACCGAAGUCCCGGCGAUGGUGACGACGCCUUCCGAAGCGACAAUCGGUCGGACCAGCGGCGAGAUUAUCCUCACUCGACCGAUCUACACGAAUCGCGAAUUUCCUCGACUCGCGUAGUCUUCCGCUGUGCAGAUACCCGCGUGGCCAUGAUAUGCACGAGAUAUUAAAACUAUUGUGUUUUGCCACUGAUUGGUGUUACGUCUUAUUGUACGACCGACAGUAUCGCGAUCUCUAUUACUAUAUACAGAACAGGACCGGGGUAAAAUAUACGAUAGUAUAAUAUUUCGUCCUAUAUAUUAUAAAUUAUAAUAUAAUAUUAAGCGGCAUUGCAUGACUAUAAUUGUGCGUAUUACGCAUUUUUUUUAUCCCUUCGUGUGCUGUACCUACCUUACCUUUAAUCUAUAAACAUAUAAUAUUAUAACAAUAUACCGGUUGAUCCAUUUAUAGUAAGGCACUCAUUAUUUAAAAACAAUUAGCGUUUUUGAAAAAUAUUUUUUUUUCCUAAAAAAUAUACUUUUUACAAUAUUUUAUUUUUGUUUUACUUUUUUUAAUGACAACGUGAAUUCCUUAUUCCAAAGUAGAAUUAUUUGUAGAGUACUUAAGCGCUUUGAUGUAUAAAAUUGAAUUUUAGACAUACAGUUUACAUACUGAGUUGCUACAGGCGGAAUUCCUCACGAAAUGUUGGUCAACUGUGCCGCUUUUCUAAACUGUAAAUAGGUACUCGUAAACGAUUAACUAUUUGUCCGAAAUUUGAUUUUUAUGGAUCGAAAUACUCCGAAUAAUAUUCUUCUUAGAAAUAUGAAAUUGCAAAUGUAUGUUUCCGUUUAAAGACUAAAAAAACUUAAAAAAAUUACAAUGAUAAAAACAGUGUAAAAUAAAUAUUUCCAAAAACGUUAGUGUCUUCUCAGAUAAUGAGUGUAGUCUUACGUCGAAUGAAUCACCCCGUAUAAUAGGCCGGUGUGGAUAAUACGGCCGACAAUUGUGUACCGACGACUCUACAUUGACCGCUGUAUAUAUAUAUGGGUUUGAUCGUGCGUAUUCGAAUGUUCGAGAUAAUUAUUAUUAUAUUGCAUCAUGUUCUUUUUUUUCGUUGUUCAGUAUUUGUAUUUGUAUUUUGUUAUUUUUGCACGUUUUAAUUAUAUUGUAUACGCGUCAUAAACAUUUUAUUUUCAUAUAAUACGUUUUCAUUGCAUAUCACAUCAGUGAUAUAUAUAUAUUUAAAUUUAAUAAUGUUGUGAUAUUAUAAAGUAAUAAUAAUGACUGUUAUUACUAUUAUUAUAUUACUAUAGACUAGGUACGCGCGUAUCUGACGACUGACACGUAUACCGCAGCCUUAUACCUACGCACGCCACCUACUGAUGAUAUAAAUUGCGAACGUCGUCCGUUAAAAAUUUUCUUUGUAUAAUUUAUUAUAUUAUGUACCUAUACAUAUUAUUUUCAUGUUAAAUCGCGAAUUGAUAUAAGACUUUUAAACGUUUAUAAUACUUAUUAUAAUUAUUUCCGUUUUUGAAAAUUCUGUACCUAUCUUUGUUCUUUACUUUAUCCAUAUAUUGUAAAUAUUAUAUUAUUAUACGUUUUUAGUCAUGGUCAAAUUUAUGUUAGUGUUUCAAGAUAAGUUUUUCUAGCAGUUUGGUAAUUUUAUUACCUGAAGGAAAGACAUCAAAUAUAGUUAAUAAGCAUAAAGAAAUCCUUGUAAUAAAAAUUAAUUACCAAAAAAUGUGUAUGAUAUUAAUGGAUUAAAAGUGAAAUUUAUUUAAUAAA